CAACGCCGCCGGCCACACGCACACUGCCACACGGAGCUAGCUAGCUGAUCGAUCCUCCUCUCGGCCGCCCGCCCGUUAAUUAGGUAGCCGACAGUAUCUAUCCAGCUAGGUAGCCAGCCAGCGAGGAGCCGCCGUUGCUUCCUAGCUGCACCUCCGCCCGGCCGGCCGAAGAAGACGCCGACGAUGAAGGUGUCGGUGCUGGCGCUGUGGUCGGCGGCGGCGGCGCUGUUGCUGGUGGCGCAGGCGCCGUCGGCGGCGGAGGCCUCCCACCACGGCGGCGCGGGCCUCAAGCUGGGGUACUACAAGAAGACCUGCCCGGGCGUCGAGAACGUGGUCAAGUACCACGUCGCCAAGGCCAUCAAGGCCAACCGCGGCGCCGGCGCCGCGCUCGUCCGCCUCAUCUUCCACGACUGCUUCGUCAGGGGGUGCGACGCGUCGGUGCUGCUGGACCCGACGCCGGCGAACCCGGAGACGGAGAAGACGGCGCCGAUCAACAUCGGGCUGGCGGCGUUCGAGGUGAUCGACGAGAUCAAGGCGGCGCUGGAGGAGCGGUGCCCGGGGACGGUGUCGUGCGCGGACAUCGUGGUGUACGCGGCCCGGGACGCGUCGAGCCUGCUGAGCAACGGGCACGUCCACUUCGCGGCGCCCGCGGGGCGGCUGGACGGCGUGGUGUCCCGCGCCGCCGACGCGCAGCGCGACCUGCCGGACUCCACCUUCACCGUGUCCGAGCUGAUCCGCAACUUCCGGCGCAAGAACUUCACGGUGGAGGAGCUGGUGAUCCUGUCGGGCGCGCACGCCGUCGGCGUCGGCCACUGCUCCUCGUUCCGCGCGCGCCUGUCGGCGCCGCCGGCGCAGAUCGUGCCGGCGUACCGGAACCUGCUGUCGGGCAAGUGCGCGGCGGCGGCGGGCGGCGCCGACGACCCCGUGGUGGCCAACAACGUGCGCGACGAGGACCCGCGCGCCGUCGCGGCGGCCUUCCCGUCCUUCCUCGGGAAGCUGCGCAAGGCCAGGGACUUUCUGGACAACAGCUACUACCACAACAACCUGGCAAGGAUCGUCACCUUCAACUCCGACUGGCAACUGCUCACGGAGAAGGAGGCGCUGGGGCACGUCAAGGAGUACGCCGAGAACGGCACCCUCUGGGACGAGGACUUCUCCGACGCGCUCCUCAAGCUCAGCCGGCUGCCCAUGCCGCCGCACAGCAAGGGCGAGAUCAGGAAGACGUGCCGCUGGGUCAACCACCACUGAUCCUGCUCAAGCUCUGCACCCGGCCGGACGGAAAUAUACCAGAUGGGUCUUCACGCCGAUUUGUUUCGAUCUUCUUUCAUUUUGUUGCUGUAUGUUUGUUUGAUUAUUAUCUGAUGAUAUGCAUGUGUUUUUUUAUGCGGUUGAUCUCUUGUUGUAUCUUGUUCUUUCAUGUAUGUAUGGACUAUGGGCAACAGUAAUCUCUACUAACAAUUAAGGGAGCAGUGUAGACUGCCCCCGCCUGUGCC